UCUCUGUCUCUGUCUCUGUCUCUGUCUGUCACUCUUUUCUCCUACCCCCCCCCCAUCGCCACCUUUUCUCGCGGCUAAGGCACCAGGCCCUCGAAGACGACCUCAGACACUAUGAACAGGACCGUGCGCGGCGCCUCCACCAGUCUCGCCAACGGGCAGCGCUGGGGCCUGGCCCUGUGGGCGGCCUGAAGCUCCUACCACUGCUCAGGCCGCAGCUGCCUUGCACUGACCUCAGGAUGAAGUCUCUGGAACAGGACGCCCUGAAAGCUCAGAUGGUCAUCGCUAAGUCGAAAGAGAGUCGGAAACGCAGCCCCCUUGACCACCUCUCCGAGUCGCCCUCCCCCGUGGCAACACCCUCGCCUACUCCUUUGGAUGAUCACAGUCCUCGCAGUGUGACCUCUCCUGGGAGACUGUCCUGGUCAGACAAGAAGUUUGAUUACCGGCAGUUUGCAGCUAUCCCAUCCUCCAAACCGGUUUACGAAAUCCAGUCACCGGACCUCCUGGAUGAAGUGACUCCCAUCACUGACGCCGGAUCCUCAGGUACCCGCCUUGCUGAAGACGGAGAGGACAGAGGAGAUCGGCCGGCUGCACCAAACCUGCUGGCACUAGGCUCUGUCCCCACAUACAGCCCGAGACGGCCAGCAGCACCCCACCCACUGACGGCGGAGACCACCGCCCCCACGUGAGCUGCAGCCCCAUGCCGGCGCUGGUCGUGGGGGGAGGGGUCCCCUCCCUCGUUCCACACCUUAGAGACUCUUCUUUCCUCUCUUAGCUGAAUCGGAUAUUAAUUUCUGGCAGAGACUAAUCCCGUAGGAUUUUUGUACGGUUUUUAAUGAGGGGGUGGGUGGGCUGGGAGGGUAUGUAGAGGCCCAGAGGUUGCCUGGUAGUUUGGUCCCUCGGACCAUCCGGGGUCCGGUCCCGGGACGCUGUAAGUGGUGGCACGUCCCGUGUCUGGGCAUUAGUGAGGAGAAAGACGGCACAGAGGUUCCCAGCUCCUGCCUUGUGUCUUUGGGAAGGGGAGGGGGCAGGCCUGACCACACUCUUCCAAUGAGGUCAUUGGUCAGUGGCCAGUGGCCACACCCAUCUGGGAGUAACUGGACUCAGACUCCAGCUCCAGACCUGGAGAGGUCAUCUUUAACCCAGGCUGACGGCGGCUGGUGUUCACAGACGUCCCAAGGGAUCACCGGAGUGACUCAAGCCACCCACCCAUUCGUGGUCAGAGGGUCAGUACCUCCCAGCACCCUGUGUGAUGGGAACCCUGGUUAAUAACCCCUUACGUGAGGGGCAGUUAGAGCCUGCCUCACCCCAAGGGAAGGGCGGGUCUAACUGCUGAAUGCCCGCCCCUCACUGGUUACCCCUUCCCUCUGAGCACUGGCAGGGUGCACAGGGACGAGGGGCUUAGUGCUGAUGCUUUAUGUAGAGAACCAGACCCAGACUGGUGUAGGGUAGGUUUGUUUGCGCUGCUAACCGGGUGAUUUGUUAGAAAUUACCUGUGAAGGAGUUUUCCUCCCCUCAGCCGCCAGCACUCAGGGCCGUCGGAGAAUGCCCGAGUGCCAGCUGUUUUUAGGUUGCGACGAGGAGUUCUGGUGGAAUUUGUGAUCCCUGGGGCAGAAGGUAGUCCCAGUCACCACACUACAGGCAGCACCAUGCCGCUACUAAUGGAGGCUGCCAGCUCAUCUCAUACUGGGAUUAACAACUUUCUACAACCAAAGAACCAUGUUUUGUUCUCCAGGGUUCAUUAAAGGUUUCUUUCAUUUUACAAAUGGUCCUAGUGUCCCAACAUUCCUCGCUGAGACUGAUAGACGUCAUUGCAUCUGAGUCACAUCUGGGACAGGGAAGUUGCAUCGUUCACUGCUACCUAGAAGUGUAGAGAGGGAGGGAGCAUGCUUCCUCUGAACUCAGUGUGUGUUUGUCCAGAAGGCAGGGAGUACUCAGGGUAGGCACUGGGUGGAAUGGCGUCCUCUCAAGGGGCGUGAAUUGCUGGGAUAAAUUACUGUGGGGCGGAGACAGCUGUACUUUGUAGCAAUCUCCCACAACAGCCUGCGAUAACCUCAGAGAGAAACCCAAUGGAAACAGGCCCUUCGGCCCACAGUGUAUGUACUAGACAUCCACCAAGACAAGUUACAGAAGAGGAUUCACUGCUGGCCAGUCCAGAGCUGCAGGUGGAACUUAUGGUCACAGGUAUAUGUGCAGUGAAAAACCUACGUGCAGCAGCACCACAGGCGCACAGCAAUAGACACACAACAACAAGAAAAACCAAAAGAAAGAACGCAAUUAGAACAAAACAUUUCCAAUCUGUUGCAAAGUUGUGAGGAGACGUUGGUUGAGGCCGACAGGUGAUCUUCGCUCAUUCCAGUGAAGAUGUUGUGAGAAAACUGGGCCGAGAGAGAUUCGUGACGGAAACUGGUGGGAGUCCUGGUCGGUUUGGCGGGAGAUGGAGAGAAGAGGGAAGAUCGGCAAGGACGGCACUAGGAUUCGAUCCGACGGCAAGACGCGAUUGCGAGCAGUGCUUCGCCGGUCGGAGGAGUCAAAGAUUGGACGUUCUACUGAUGAUUAGUGAUGAGAAUUCGGCGCCGUGAUUAACGGUCGUUCCCAGCUUUUGGAAGAUAUGAGGUCCUACAAUUUAGACCGGUUUAAUUGUAAUGGGUCCUUUUAAUUUUUCUUUUUCUUUUCCUCUUAAUAACUGUGUGUUAAAGCUGAAAUUAGUAAA